AUACCAGAGUCCAGCACUCCAAUGAUCACGCCCUCCCCUGCUCACUCCUACCCGUCCCCCUCCUCUCCUCCCUCCUUCCCCCCCAUCCUCACAGACACACAUGUCUCACCUUGUCUGAGAAGGAAGGGUGUUCAGGACAGAUACCAGAGUCCAGCACUCCAAUUAUCACGUCCUCCCCUGCUCGCCCCUGCUCGCCCCCCUCCUCUCCCUCCCUUCCCCCCCGCUCCUCACAGACACACAAGUUUCACCUUAUCUGAGAAAGACGGGUGUUCCGGCCAAAUCCCCGAGUCCAGCACGCCAAUAAUCACGUCCUCUCCUGCUCGCCCCUGCCCACCCACACUGCUCCACAUCUUCCCCAGCUUCAUAUACUUGGGCGUGUACGUUGUGAAAGCACGCACCUUCCCCUUCGCCCGCACCACAUGCCCCACCCCUGGCCGCUUUCUCAACUCCUCUGCCUGCUGUGCUGUCAAAGACGCACAGACAGCGUUCGCUGUGACUCCGUAG